AUGGAAGAAUUCCGUCUCCAUGCCUAUGCGAGUGCAGCCUUGUAUAAGGAAAGAAUGAAGUUUGUUCAUGACAAGAAGAUUUUGAAGCGGAAAUUCAAAUCCGGUGACUUGGUCUUACUCUUCAACUCAAGAAUCAAGUUAUUUCCGGGCAAAUUCAAAUCCAAAUGGUCUGGCCCGUUCAAAGUUGUGAAUGUGUCCCCCUAUGGCGCUAUUGAAUUGGAGUCAGAGGACGGGACUCAAACUUUCAAAGUAAAUGGCCAACGGGUCAAGCAUUACCUCGGAACCACAGGAGAAAGGCACUUGGUAGAACAAUUCAAACACAAAGAUAGUCCUACACCAGCCCCCACCACUGAUUAG